AUGGACAGUGGUUGCACAAACACCACCAUUUGUAAUGGUGGGUUUAUGCAUGGACUCCGUCAUGCUGAGAAGGAACUUGAUAUGCACACUAACAUGGGCAGCAGAGUUCUCGACGAAGAAGGUUUUCUAGGAAGAUUUCUGCCUCCAGUUUAUCACAAUGAACAUGGAAUUGCCAAUGUACUUGCUAUGCACGAGAUGAUUGCUGCGGGAUACCGCAUUACUAUGGAUACUGAUGCUGACAAUGCUUUUAUUGUGCAUUGUGAUGGAAACAGAAAGACGCGAUUUGUAAAUCGUAAGGGUGUGUAUGUGUUGGAGCAACUUGGAGCGAAUGUCAAACCAGGUGCCAAAGACACAAGUGCAAUGUACCGUCGCCAGUUAAGCAACUUAAAUAAUCAACCCCAUCUCGAACUUUCUUCAAACAAACAGAAUGGAUAUGCUGGACUUGAGAUGACCUCCAAGAUGGCAACCGUUCGAAAGAACAAGGAAGGAUUCACUCCAAGUCAAGUCAAGGCUGCGAUGGAAGCGAGAAGUGCAAUGCACAUACUCAAUGCUCCAAGCACCAAAAGUUGA